UCCCGAGACGAUGCGCGCCAAUGACGCCGCAGCGAAACGUGCACUGCGAGCAGCGGACCCCGAAAGGCGAGAGCGGGAAGCGGCGGCUAAGCGAGCGCGGCGCCGGGCAGACCCGGAUGGUGCACGUGCGCGGGAAGUGGUGACCAAGCGGCGGCAGCGGUCUCACAUUCAAGGAGCCGACGCGCUGUUCGAGCGGGAAUUUCUCACUCAUUCGUUUGGCCACAUUUGCGACGUGUGUGAUCUACUUUGGUUCAAUAAUAACCUCACCGCGGUUUCUGGCAUCAGGAACUAGCAGAAUCAGGCCGCCGCCAUCGCCGUGCUCCGCCGCGAGUUUCCCGGUGGCGAGAAGGCGCACAGUGAGUACAAACUUUGCUCCGCGUGUAAAGACUCAUUGGUCGCUGAGAGGGUGCCUCCGUUGAGUGUGUCGCACGGGUAUCGCUACCCGCCGAAACCGGCGCACCUCCCGCCGCUGAAUCCCGUAGAAGAGCGUCUGAUCGCGCCUCGUCUUCCGUUCAUGACCAUCAGACGAUUGACGCACGGCGGCGGUCAGUACGGGAUCAAAGGGCAAGCUGUGAACGUGCCCAUAUGCGUUCCCGAUACGGUUUGGUGCCUGCCUCGUAACGUGCCCGAAGACGCGGCUAUCGACGUGCAUCUAAAGCGUCGUCUUGUCUGUAAACCGUCUUACAAGAAGGGUCUGGUCAAGAAGCGCCGCGUGCACGCGUGGCUAAAACACCUGGAAACGUCUCCCCUCUACAAACAUCUGGACAUUAAGAUCGAGUGGAAGCGGCUCGUGGGCGCCGACGACGACGAGGUAUUUGACGAUGACGAGAUCGAACCGGCGCCGCAGGUGAGCGACCUUGAAGACCCUAUGCAGGCUGUGAUCGCUCUCAAUACCAUCAGUCAUACGAUGGUGUUCGACGGCGGGGCGGCAAGUGCAAUGACAGCUGCUGCAAUGGCGGCGGAUACCGCGGCGGGAAUGGCGGCGGCUGCAAAGGCGGUGGGGGAACGAGGCCUAGUCGAAGGCACCCACAGUCUGCACUUGGCGCCCGGUGAAGGUCGUACCCCGAAAUCGCUACACUUUGAUGAGUAUGCCGAGGAGCUGUCCUUCCCGCAGAUUUGCUUGGGGGUGCCGCGCAAAAUAACCGGACCCAGGUCAACGCCGUAUGCCAAGGCGACUAGUGAGACUAGGCGAACCGAUCGUCGUGGAGUGCGUCCCGACCACGUGCUCUAUAUGGCAAUGAAGGUGAUGAGAUACAAAGUAUCAGAGAAGACCAUGACGUUCAGGACGAACGCGGCCACCAGUGCGAUAACGCGGCAGCAGCUCGAGAAUUCAGAGUUUGUGGACGAUCUGCUCAACCGCGAUCUUGGAUUCACCCGCCAAACGCUCGAACGUCUGCGCGUGGGCCCCCAAGGCGUAGCGCGGGUGGUUCGAGAGUUGAGCGCCAUGGAGCGCGUCGAGCUGGUCAACGACGAUCCAGUUGCGUGUACCAUCUACACCAACCGCAUCUUCCACGUCGUGCUCAACGUGCUCAAGGACAAGCGCUGCUCGCCCUUUAAGCCCUACGUGGUCGUCGACUACUUUAAGCGAGUCGAGUUCCAGCAGCGAGGAAGCGCCCACAUUCACGCUCACACACACACCUGCUACAAGAAGGGUCGCACCAAGUGUCGUUUCGGAGCACCGUUCAUGCCCAGCAACAAGACGCGCAUCGUGGUUCCAUUUCCGCCGACCGAAGAAGAGGCUGAAAAGACACGAAGGCGAAAGCUCAAGGAUCGCUACGAGCAGAUGCACGAUGCGCUCGAACGCGGCUCGUUUGACUCGCUCAAGGAGUUUGCCCGCACGUUCCAUGUGGCAUCAGACGCCGAGUAUAUGGAGAUUCUGAGGGCCGGUUUCUCGCGCCCCUGCGUUCUGCACCGCCGCACUCCGGCGCAAAAGUUUGUCAAUGCGUUCAACCCCUGGAUCGCAAAGGUCUUGGAUUCCAACAUGGAUCUCCAAGUGAUCCUCGACCACUACGCCUGCGCCACGUACGUGUAUUUUGUCAACAAGGCUGACCGGGGGUUGUCCAACUUCCACAAGGCGAUUAUGCAGAUUCUGGACGAGAAGCCCGAGUCGGACUAUGCUGCCGUGGUUCGCUCGCUCGGAGUCACUAUGCUCAAGGGGGUCGAUAUGUCGGCACAGGAAGCGGCCUGGUACCUUCUCGGCCAAGAAAUGUCCGAGAAGAGCAGGGACGUCGUCUACGUGCUAACCUGCUACCCUGAAGAACGGGUCCGGGUACGCAAGACUAAUGAGCAACUGGCCAAUGUCGGCGCCGCAUCGACCGACGUAUGGAAGCCGAACAUUGUGCAAAAGUGCGACGCCCGACCCGAGGAGAUGGAAGACGUCUCGCUGACUUUGCGCGCAAAUACAAGACCGGGUGGUCGACGUACUCGACAACAACAAUACCUCCAGUUUUAUGGCAACAACAAGGAUCUCAUUGCGGCAAAGCGUUGUGAAUACGACGUUGCCGGUGACGAUGACGUCGUUGCAGAAAUGAUACGCCAGUGCAGGUGUCGAUUGGAAGCAGAGGAAGAGGAAGCCGCAAAUGUUUCCGCAGGUUCCACCGCAAUUUCUGCCGCCGUCGCAGACGAAGGUGCAGAUGUCUUACCCAGUGAAGACCUCGUUCACCUCGCCAAGGAUACGAGUCCGUGUGCGGCCGUCCACAAGCGGCAGGAUGUGAUGGCAAGGGAUGUGUACGAUAACCGCAUACGCAUGACAAACCCCGAACAGCACGAAUUACUCAGGGAGAUUAUACAACGUCAGACCACUCCCGGUUCGCCACCGCUGCGUGUCUUUCUCACGGGGCCCGCCGGUUGCGGAAAGACGUUCGUGCUCAAAUUGCUCAUGGACGUCUACAAUCACUACAACGGUGACGCCCGACCGUACGACUCUUACGUCGUGUGCGCGACCACGGGCAAGGCCGCGGUCGCCGUUGGAGGCAUCACAGUGCAUGCGGCGUUCAAGCUUACACGCAACAAAAGGGGCGUCGCGCUGUCCGAUGACGAACUCCACACGUUCCGGGUUGCCUUCCGAAAUGUCAAGUGCGUCGUGGUCGACGAAGUCCGCAUGCUGUCGUCCGACAACCUCAGCGCCAUCGAUCUCCGCCUCAAGCAGAUAACACAAAGACUAGACGAACCGUUCGGUGGCUUGGACGUCAUCAUGCAAGCGGACGCCUCGUUCUCGGCCCUGCUCACAAAGAUCGGAGACGGCAAGGAGCUCGACGAUCGAAAGGUGCUACUCAUCGAGAGCAGGUUCGUCACCGCCGACGAAGCGCUGAUGCGCGCGCCCUCUGCGGUGCGAAUCUUCUACUCGAACCAAGAGGUGGCCAAGUUCAACACCUUCGUCGCCAUGCAGGAAGGCACCGACGUCGUCAAAGUGCGAGCCGAAGACACGUACAUCGGGUAUGCAGAUAAAGAUGCAGUGCGGACUGCAAUCGCAAAAGUGGAUAACAUGACGCACACCGAAUUUGCCAACCGGCCCCGCGAAAUCACGGUCGUCAUUGGAAAACCAUACAUGAUCAGCACCAACAUUGACGUCGUCGACGGGCUCGUGAAUGGGGCGGUUGGCAUCCUCGUUGCAUGCGAGAGAUCCCACUCCGAGGGUAAUUUACCCAAGCGAUUCUGGUUGGAGUUUGACCAAUCCGCCUCGGUUGGUAGGCUCGCUCGUCUACGCUCCAAGUGGAUCGCGGAGGAGGCCAGGCGAUACGGAUACGCCGUCGGCGCGUCUUGGGUCCCGAUCGAACCGCGAAGCACCACAGUCACUCUUGAUCGCAAGACGGGCGUCGCGUGUAAGCGAGUCCUGUUUCCGCUGGUGGAGGCGAGUGCUAUAACUGUGCACAAGCCAGAAGGGGGUACCUACUCCUCCGUUGUUUAUGGGUACGAUAAAACGCACCCGCAAAAACUAGUUUACGUUGCACUCAGUCGAUGUACCAACAUCAAUAACCUGUAUCUCACUAAUGCAAAAGGGGACCACUGCUUCUACCACAAACCCAAGAACGAAGACACCACAAUGCUCAGCGAGUUCAGGCGACUCGAUCAACACAAACUCUCCACAGUCACGGGAACAUUCCUUCGUGCCCUGCGCGAAGAGGUUGAUGCGGCAAACGAGUUUACCUUGGCCCUACUCAACGUUAGAUCCCUCAACGCGCACGCGCGGGACGUCGAAAGGGACCCCGUGCUCACAGAGGUGGACGUGCUCUGCUUCACCGAGACUUGGAACGCAGCCAGGCCUUUCGUGAGCGGAUACAUACCCGUGACGUGCACCGAAGACGCAGAACGUACAGCCGGUGGGGUGGCCGUCUACGUCAAGCAGAAGAUCCCUGCUGUGGACGUACAAGUGCCGCUCACCAGCCAGAGUCAUCACGGUGAAUAUGCUGCGGUCGAAUUUGGUGACUCGGAUAUCGUCGUCAUGGUCAUGUACCUAGCGCCCAACCUAUCCAACGGGGACGUAAAGUUCUUCGUGGACACCGCGUGCAAUAACUUUGACGUCAAAUACAGAAACAGACCGUUCGUGCUCGUGGGUGACUUUAAUGUCGACAUAUCGGACCGCUCCACCAACGAUUGGCUCGUUCAGCAGAUGGCCAUCAGAUACUCGCUCAGGUGCAUCUCCCUAGACCACCUUGCGCCUACUACCGUGCGGGGGUCGUGCAUAGACAUCGUGUUUGCUAACAUUCCCCUUAAACCGGCACAAUGGCGGCACACGACUCUGUUGGCUCUUCGACUUUACGAAUGA